GCUAAAAGUGGGGAAACAGGAGUACACGAGCCUAUUGUGUGCAGAAAUUUUCUGCAUUGUCACACUACGUUGCUGACCUUCAGCGUUCAGCCUCCCCACCGAGCGGGUAGGCAGCUCCUCCGUCCGCACUGACAAUUGGCUGGGCUCCUCUCUCUCUCUCUCUCUCCCUCAGUGUCACAGCUGCUUCCUGCCGCGCCGCGACAUCGUAGCUCCAACGAGCUCUCGCGUGCACGCUGCUCUCGCGACGUGAAAGUCCCGGCUCCCCUUUAUCGCUAUGUUUGAAGAUUAACGAGGCGGUCCCGUGGGUUACACUCGCUUGUUGUAGCCGCUGGAAGCUCCAGGUCUGAGCAGAGCCACGCACUUGCAGGCGGACGGAGGGCCGUGGCGAGCCGGGCGGAGGGAACCCAGCGCUGUGGAAGGAGGUCGGGAGAGGAGCCGGCGUUGUCAUGACUGAGAAACGGAUGUCGCGGUGGUAUUUCGGGGGGCUGGCCUCCUGCGGAGCCGCAUGCUGCACCCAUCCUCUGGAUCUCGUCAAGGUCCACCUGCAGACACAGCAGGAAGUGAAGAAGAGGAUGGUUGGGAUGGCUGUGCAUGUGGUGAAGAAUGACGGUGUGCUGGCUCUCUACAGUGGCCUCUCCGCCUCCCUGUGUCGACAGAUUACCUACUCCCUCACCAGAUUUGCCAUCUAUGAGACAGUCAGAGACAUGAUGGGUAACACUGGCAAGGGACCAAUGCCUUUUUACCAGAAGGUCCUGCUGGGAGCAUUUGGAGGAUUCACUGGUGGGUUUGUUGGGACUCCAUCAGACUUGGUGAAUGUCAGAAUGCAAAAUGACGUGAAGCUGCCACCAGAACAGAGAAGAAACUAUAAACAUGCUAUUGAUGGACUCUACAGAGUCUUUAGAGAAGAGGGUGUAAGAAGGCUGUUCUCAGGAGUUUCCAUGGCAUCUGGCAGAGGGGCGCUGGUCACUGUGGGGCAGUUGGCGUGCUAUGACCAGGCCAAGCAGCUGGUGUUGGGAACAGGCGUGAUGGGAGACAAUAUACUCACACACUUCCUUUCCAGCUUCAUAGCUGGAGGCUGCGCUACGUUCUUGUGUCAACCUCUGGAUGUGCUCAAAACCAGGUUGAUGAAUUCAAAAGGAGAGUACACAGGAGUAAUGCACUGCUUACGGGAAACAGCCAAACUGGGUCCACUGGCAUUUUAUAAGGGUCUUGUCCCAGCCGGGAUCCGCUUGGUUCCCCAUACAGUUCUCACCUUUGUUUUCCUGGAGCAACUCAAGAAGUACUUCGGCAUUCGCAUCAUCUCCUGAGCCGCUCCUUGGCUCCAUCUCCGCCAAUCAUGUCCUCCUUCUUCAUCCUGCUCCUCAUUAUUCACAAGGAAAGUAGGGAAGGGGGGACUUGAACAGUUUGUCAUGGUGCUUUCCCUCUCAUUUUUUCUCUACCUCCAUCCCACAAGUGGAUUUACACGACUGGUAUCGAAAACCAACAGUUCUGGCCGUUCUUUUGGUCUUUUACAUCAGAAAUGGGGGAAAAAAACAGAUUCAGAGCUGCUGGAUUGAGGUUAAUAACAUCAAUAGAAUGUUAAUCAAGUGUCGGAGAUUACUGUUAUUGUUUAAUCAUGAUGUAGUUGUGGAAACUGAGUUCAGAUCGUAUGUGUUUAACAUUACAUGUUGGUCGCAGGCAAAAUUUUGACUUCAGCUAAUUCCAAAUCACGUGCUGUUUAUUAAUCUGACCUAAAACCUAAUCUAUUAGUUGUUUGUGAUAAUUUCAGAAGUGACACAAAGUGAGGAAUAGCUGCAAACUGUAGUUGUUUACAGUUCUCUAAAGCAAUUUUGAUUUUAUCAACAGAGCACAACAUCAUCCAGAAGUUGUAAACAAACACAGCAUAGUUUUAUCAGUACCCAUCUGACCAAUCUAUAAUGGAUUUACAAAGCCAUAAAUCUAAGACGCCCGUUUAUAUCCACUCUGCAAUCAGUGAGCAAACAGCGGUGUUGAUACAAUAUAAAUUAUUUUUUUCUUUUUGUUUCCUUCUCAUUAAUAUUUUUACAAAAUGAAAACACUGGCUGAUUAAACUGUAAUUAAUUUCUUUCCGUUGCUUCCUUAAUUCAUUCCACAGUCACAUUUCACAUCACGUCUAAAAACGGAGAGGACCAAGUUUGUUUGGAUCACUUUUACACAGAGCGAGUUAAAAGAAAACUGAGGUUUUCUCCACAUGUAGCCGGGUCUUUUUAAAAACAAACAUCUUCACCACAUUGUUUAAAAAAAAAACUACCAUUGUGCACACGGGAUUGGUUUUUAGAGAAGUUCUCAACCACAUCACCUUGCACAAAGCUGCCGCUGGCCGUCGUUUUAAACGUGUCAAACCCAUAGGGGGCAGUGUAGCACAAAGCUAAAACCUUUGUCAGCCAAUCAGAUUGCUUCAAAACAACCACAACGUCCUGUUGGGAAUUAAAACAGGCGCCAGGAAGUUGAAAUACGUUUAAAUAGAGUACUAGAUUAUAAAGUUAAGCAAACAUAAGUCAAUGUUGAUUGGGAAUAAUGUCAAACAAAUUAUACUAUGUGGAUUUAUUGUCGCAUUAUUCGUCCACCUUGGUUGGAGUUCAUAAAUAAUUGUUUUUAGUGAUAUUAAACUGGGUUUUCCUGUGGAUGAAAGACCAAAAGGUAUAUUUUUUACCCCAGAUAUCUGACUACAUGUGGACUAGGCCUGAAAUGCAUAAAGACAUCUGAUAAUAUACAAAAAAAUAUUUUCUCUAAGAUCCUAACAGCAUUCUUUGUCUAUUCUUAGGAUACUGUUUAAAGGGGCAGUGUUGCAUAAAAUCAACAUUUUUCAGCAUUACACUAUGUUAUAAUAGCAUUCACUCGUCAAAAACAAACCUGGCGUGCUGCCUUGAUUCUUCCAUGUAUGAUAGAGAAAUCUUUGAAUCUCCCACGGCAACCAUUUCAGGGUGCAAAGUGCGUUCUCUCGCAGAAUGUUGCCUUUUACACGCAGCUCCUCUCUGGAGCUGCAGUUUCCAGUCGAGCCUCUGCCUCACAGAGCCCCCCACCUCCUUGACUCUCUGAGUCAGCUCCUUCAGACUAGCCAGAAGCAAUUAGCAAACACUUGGUGGAACUACGCCACAUCUGCUGAGCUCAUUAUACAAACUACUUUACAGAGCAGUGCUCCUAUGAACAAUGUUAAAGGCUUAACAGAGGAACAUUGCUGUGAUGACUUGCUAAAGGCAGAGUGUCAGAAAGAGCAGGAGCUUCUUAAAGAGACAAAGCCCAAUUUUAAUGCGUUAUAUUGCAAAGUCGAAUUAAGUGAUUCUCGAUAUAUAGAGAGCAUUUUUGUAACAACUAAAGGUAACGUAGUUACUUGAUUGUGCUAUAAAGUGGCACUAUGUGCCUGUAAAAUACAUAAUACUGCCCCUUUAAACGGCAGCUCUUUUUCAGUCUGCAAUAUUGGUUUUAAAAUGCACUUUAUUUAAAACUUGAUAUAACACUGACUGACCUGCUUAAGGGAUGACAUUUAAGAUUCAAAAUAUUCAAACUGGAAAUGUGGAUGAAUCCAGUUGCAAAUAUUUUUCUGUCUCUUUCACUCAUCAGGUAUAAGAUGUAAAGAAUAUCUGCCCUCUGUAGCCGUGCCUGCGCAAGUCUUGCUGCCUUAUAGUAUCUGUCCUGUAGGGGGCAGUGUUGUUACAUGUGAAUUGUCCUGUUUUAUGCACCCGAGAGGUUUCCUAUCUUCAUCUCAGGAUGAAACCUGUGUCAUCUACUGUAUUUGCAUUCACUGAAGUGAAACUGUUGGGACAGUUAUGGGUCAGUAAGUUUUAAUAUUGUAGAUCUUUCACUAAUAAAUUUGAGAAUUAAAGGACUAAUUGAAACUGU